AUGGCUCCAGUGAAAUUCGGAUUAUUUAAAGCCCGAAGUCGAGAUCAGCAAGAUCAACCCUCAACUGAGAAUCUCCUUAAAUCCAGUCAUAGCAUCGACCAAGCUGGUGCGCCCAGUUCUCCAAUCCCGUCAACUAGCAAAGGACUAGUUGAAGAUCUAUCACCACUUGAUUUCGCUAUUCUUAAUCUAGACGAUGAUGAUGAUGAAGACAUAUCAGAAGGAAAUGUAUCAAGACGAGGCAGCGAAUGCAGUAAAGUAGAAGAUGCAAAUGUAAACUACCGCCAACUUCAAAACCCAUCACUAACAUCAACAUCUACCCUCGACGAUCUAGACCAAAUACACAUUUACGACGAACCAGCUACUCAAAUCGACGCUGCAUCAACAUCAUACGAUGCGAAUUCAUCACAAUUCGACGUCGACGCAUCUCAGUUCGACGUGAAUUCUUCAGAGUUCGACGUCACUUCACAGUACGAAAUCAAUUCACAAUUCGAUGCCUCAUCGAUAGCCCCGAGCGAGGACCUAUCGGUGUACUGUGCGAUGCUUAAAAAGCCAAAGAAAAGCCGAUCUAAGGAACAGCAGUUGAGAGAUAUAGAUAUGUGGCAAGCGAGUAACAUUGAAGUAAUGCAGAAUUUGUUAAAUCGCAGUGGGACACUGGACGAGCAAAUAAAAUGGGAGGCGAUUGCUACAUCUCGCGGUCUAUGUACUUUAACAGACAGUUGCACGUGCGACGACUGCACGGGGGCGAAGUACCUUGCCGGCGUUACUGACGGAGACGGCGGCUUGGGUACGGCGCCCCUCUUCAACGCCAUCAAUCAAAUAAAAUGGGAGGCGAUUGCUACAUCUCGCGGUCUAUGUACUUUAACAGACAGUUGCACGUGCGACGACUGCACGGGGGCGAAGUAUCUUGCCGGCGUUACUGACGGAGACGGCGGCUUGGGCACGGCGCCCCUCUUCAACGCCAUCAAUCAAAUAAAAUGGGAGGCGAUUGCUACAUCUCGCGGUCUAUGUACUUUAACAGACAGUUGCACGUGCGACGACUGCACGGGGGCGAAGUAUCUUGCCGGCGUUACUGACGGAGACGGCGGCUUGGGCACGGCGCCCCUCUUCAACGCCAUCAAUGUUGGAUGUCAGAUACAAUGA